AUGAAUGGCGCCGACAUCAAGAAGGCCGCCAUCAACAAGGCAAAGGCGGUCGCUCAGGCCGCCAACGGCAACGGCGGCAAGAAGCGCCGGAAGGGCCAGGACCUGAAGCCCAUCAUCACCGCCGAGGGCCACGCCGGCGCAAACGCGCAGAACACGGCCUCGCCGCUGCAGCAGCACAAAAUGUACGGCAACACGCUCAGCCACUCGCCCGACAGCAGCGCCUCGUCCGUCGACGAGGCCGACAACACGGCCGACGAAGAAGACAGCGAGGACUACUGCAAGGGCGGCUACCACCCCGUCCAGGUCGGCGAGGAGUACAAGGACGGAAAGUACACCAUCGUGCGCAAGCUCGGCUGGGGCCACUUCUCCACCGUCUGGCUGUCCCGCGACAACGCCACGGGCAAGCACGUCGCCCUCAAGGUCGUCCGCUCCGCCGCCCACUACACCGAGACCGCCCUCGACGAGAUCAAGCUGCUCAAAAAGGUCGUCGACGCAAAGGAAGCCCACCCCGGCCGCGCCCACGUCGUCAGCCUGCUCGACUCGUUCAACCACAAGGGCCCCAACGGCGUCCACGUCUGCAUGGUCUUCGAGGUGCUCGGCGAGAACCUGCUGGGCCUGAUCAAGCGCUGGAACCACCGCGGCAUCCCCAUGCCCCUCGUCAAGCAAAUCACAAAGCAGGUCCUGCUGGGCCUCGACUACCUCCACCGCGAGUGCGGCAUCAUCCACACCGACCUGAAGCCCGAGAACGUCUUGAUAGAGAUUGGCGACGUCGAGCAGAUUGUAAAGGCCUACGUCAAGGAUGAGCCCAAGCCCAAGGACAGCGCCGACACCAGCGACAGGAACGGCCGCCGGAGAAGACGCACCCUGAUCACAGGGAGCCAGCCGCUGCCCAGUCCGCUCAACGCCAGCUUCAACCACGCAGAGCUCGGCACCUUCCCCGCGAGCGCGCAGAGCCUCAACAAAGUCAUGAACGAGAGCACAGGUAAACACUCCCCCACCACCAUUCCGAGUCCAUCUUCUUCACAAGACGGUUUUGUAAUGAGCGGUGCUCUAGGCACUUCGUCACAAUCCUCCACCAUGUCCAUGGCCGAGCGCCUCGGCCUGAAGCCCAACGCCAGCGAGGACGAAGUACAAAAGCAGCGAGAAAAGACAGCCGACCUCCUCACCAAAGAAGUCUCCGGCAUCAGUCUCGACAAGCAAUCCACAUCCGCAAAGGAAAAGUCCGCCGAAGGCACACCCGACCUCGCCUUGGAGAAAAUCUCCGUCAAGAUUGCCGAUCUCGGAAACGCCUGCUGGGUCGGACACCACUUUACAAACGACAUCCAGACGCGGCAAUACAGGUCUCCGGAAGUCAUCCUGGGCAGCAAAUGGGGCGCCAGCACCGACGUCUGGAGCAUGGCAGCUAUGACCUUCGAGCUGAUCACAGGCGACUACCUCUUCGACCCGCAGUCCGGCACUAAAUACGGCAAAGACGACGACCACAUUGCGCAAAUCAUCGAGCUGCUCGGCCCCUUCCCCAAAUCGCUCUGCCUCUCUGGGAAAUGGAGCCAGGAAAUCUUCAACCGCAAGGGCGAGCUGCGUAACAUUCACCGUCUGCGCCACUGGGCCCUCCCCGACGUGCUGCACGAGAAGUACCAUUUCGGCAAGGAGGAGAGCAAAGAGAUUGCCAGCUUCCUGCUGCCCAUGCUGGAGCUGCUCCCCGUGGAUCGCGCAAACGCGGGCGGCAUGGCGAGCCACGAGUUCCUCAAGGACACCAAAGGAAUGGAGAAUCUGGAUCUUGGGAUCCCGUGUAGGAGCAAGGGCGAGGGGAUCGAAGGCUGGGCGACGGAGAUCAAGAAGACGAGGUAG